AUGCCGUCACUAAUCACUAGGCGCAAGUCCCUCUUCGUCUUCGCCGCCUUCGCUUUCCUGUUCUACUGCUUCCGCGGCUCCGCCUCGCCCUACCGCCUGCCCUAUGCAUCUUCUGGAAAAGGUUCACGGCCAGCCGCCCCCGUCUUUGACUGGGCCAAUGUCUCUCAUCGCUACCCCGUCCCGCACAUGGCCUCGUUGCCGACCUCGGUAGCCCACCUCCCCGCAAUCCAGCACCAGUUUGGCGACGAGGAUCCCGACGACCGCAAAGUGCGUUUGACACGCCAGGCCAAGGUCAAGCAGGAAUUCCUCCACGCCUGGCGCGGGUACAAGAAGUAUGCCUGGCUGCAUGACGAGCUUCUCCCCAUCUCCGGCGGCGCACGCGAUCCCUUUGGCGGCUGGGCCGCCACCCUUGUAGACUCGCUGGACACGCUCUGGAUCAUGAACCUGACGGCCGAGUUCGACGAGGCCGUCGCCGCCGUCAACCGGAUCGACUUCAGCACGUGCUCUCUCGACGAGAUCAACGUCUUCGAAACCACCAUCCGCUACCUGGGCGGCCUGCUCUCGGCCUACGACCUGACCGACGGCGACUAUCCGUCCCUGCUGACCAAGGCCACCGAGCUGGGCCACAUGCUGUACAAGGCGUUCGACACGCCCAACCACAUGCCCAUCACCCGCUGGAACUUCCGCGCCGCCAUGGACGACGUCCCGCAGGAGGCCGACAUGGCCGUGCUGGUGGUCGAGCUGGGCUCGCUGACCAUGGAGUUCACCCGCCUCUCGCAGCUCACGGGCGACCCGCGCUGGUUCGACGCGGUGCAGCGCAUCAUGGCCGUCUUCGAGGCCCAGCAGAUGUACACCAAGCUGCCGGGCCUGUUCCCGACCGUCAUCAACGCGCGCGUGCAGAACUUCUGGGAGAGCGACGCCGACCCGGACCGCCUCAUGCCCUUCACCAUCGGCGGCAUGGCCGACUCGCUGUACGAGUACCUCCCCAAGCAGCACCUGCUGCUCCACGGCGCCGACCGCACCCAGUACCGCCGCCUCUGGCUGCGCGCCGCCGCCCCCAUCAAGAACCACCUCCUCUACCGCCCCAUGACGCCCGGCAACAAGGACGUCCUCCUCGUCGGCGACGCCCACGUCUCGGGCGGCGACCCCCCGGCCUUCGCCCCCAAAUCCCUCCUCCUCGAGCCCAAGAACCAGCACCUCUCCUGCUUCGCCGGCGGCGCCUUCGCCCUCGCCGGCCGCGUCUUCGGCGUCCCCGACGACAUCGACGUCGGCCGCCGCCUCGCCGACGGCUGCCUGUGGGGCUACGAGGCGGGCGGCCCGCACGGCAUCAUGCCCGAGACCAUGUUCACGCUGCCGUGCCCGCUGAGCGGGCCCUUUUCCGGCGACGGCUGCGAGUGGCAGGAGGACGCGUGGUUCGGCGCCGUCGAGGCCGCGCACUCGAUGGACGGCGCCAACACGGACGACGACGGCGUCGUCGUCGCGCAGCCGCCCGAGGAGCUCAUCCAGCGCCACCACCUGCGCAAGGGCGUCGCUCGCGUCGCCGACCCCCGCUACGCGCUGCGGCCCGAGGCCGUCGAGAGCGUCUUCGUGCUGUAUCGCGUCACGGGCGACGCGCGCCUGCCCGAGCGCGCGUGGCGCAUCUUCGAGAAGAUUGUGCGCAACACGAAGACGCGGUACGGCCAUGCGGGGUUGGAGGACUGCGUCGUCGAGGGCCGCACCAGGCAGGCGGAUCGGAUGGAGAGUUUUUGGUUGGCCGAGACGCUGAAGUAUUUUUAUCUGAUGUUUGAGGAGCCGGGGGUGCUGAGUUUGGAUGAGUGGGUGUUCAAUACGAAGGCGCAUCCGUUUAGGUGGAGGAGGGGUGGGCAUGCUGGGGUUCCGUGA